UUUCUUUCCUUCCUCCCCAAUUUGUUUUUCCUAGUUUCACUCGGGUAUAUAAGCCAACCGUUCAAGUCCUAAAAUCAUCCAGUCUUCAUCCGACGACAUCUACUACAACUACAAUCCAACAAUGGCUUCUAUGAAAUUGUUCGUUCUCUUGGCUGUCGUUGUCGCCAUGGUCGCUGCUUAUCCGCAGGGUUACGAUGCUCCUUACGAGGCCGCUCCAUCAUCCGGCUACGCUGCUCCUGCCUACAAAGGUGGUGCAGGAUACGCUAACGGUCGUGUCAAGAUGCAAGUCUACCGUGGUCCCAGCAAGGGUUACGAAGGCAAGGGAGGUUAUGGCGGUGACUACGGUUUCGCUCCAUGGGGAUUCUACGUCACACAGCCCGAAGACAACAAAGCUUACGGUUAUUAAGGAACUCGACUAAAACAUCAAAAACGAUAACAGCUUUUUGAGUUUACCAUCUGAUUCGAACGGCACAAUGAAAACCACGCGUGCGGCUGGACCACUCCGCGCUCAUCUGACCAUUUGAUUUUGUCAUCCAUUUCAUCUGACAUUGUUAUUAUUAUUUCUCGUUUUUAUUGCGUUCCAAUUUCGCAAUAAACAAAUCAUUCACUCAUA